UUGUCUAUUCAGCAUCCAACAAGGCCAUUCACCUCGAGCAGGGAGAGUAAAGGAGCGUGCGCAGAGAAAGGAGUGAAGAGAGGCAGGCCCCAGGCCAUAAUUCUCACUCUCAGCAGCCAAAUCAAGGACAGGCAGGCGCAGAGCGGAGGACCAAGCUCGCAAUGGGCAUGGGCACGGGCAUGGCUUCUCCCUUGCUUUCCUGCGCCAUCAUGGCGCUCCUGGCCUCCGUGCUCCCCCCUCCAUCCGUCGCCGGCGACCCCGACCUGCUCCAGGACAUCUGCGUCGCCGACCUCUCUUCCUCCGUGAAGGUGAAUGGGUUCGCGUGCAAGGCCACGGUGACCGAGGACGACUUCUACUUCAAGGGGCUGGGCGCCGCCGGCAACACCAACACCACCUACGGCUCCGUGGUGACCGGCGCCAACGUGGAGAAGGUGCCCGGGCUCAACACCCUGGGCGUUUCCAUGGCGCGCAUCGACUACGCGCCCGGCGGGCUCAACGCGCCGCACACCCACCCGCGUGCCACCGAGAUGGUCUUCGUCCUCGAGGGCGCGCUCGACGUCGGCUUCAUAACCACCGGCAACAAGCUCGUCUCAAAGACCAUCAGCGCCGGCGACGUCUUCGUGUUCCCGCGCGGCCUGGUCCAUUUCCAGAAGAACAACGGCGCCGGCCCCGCCUCCGUCAUCUCGGCCUUCAACAGCCAGUUCCCCGGCACACAGUCCCUCGCCAUGACGCUCUUCGCGGCCACGCCGCCGGUGCCUGACCACGUGCUCACGACGGCGUUCCAGGUCGGCACGAAGGAGGUGGAGAAGAUCAAGUCCAGGCUCGCCCCGAAAAAGGCCUGACUAAACAAUGCUGAGUACUCCUAAGAUGUUUCUUCCGAGUGACAUGAUUUGUAUUUCUACUCACUUUUACUUACCUGCGUUGUUUUCUUGAUUUGUUGGAUCCUCAUUGUAUUGUGUAAUACUGCCCUGCAGCAGCAAGUACAAAAGCUGGUAGGUCUGUGCUGCUUGUAAUAAUAAGAUCAAGUCAUUUGUUGGUUCUAAAUCUAAUCAUUCCAUCAUUAUGGUUGCAGCAGCUUCACAACUCAA